AUUUCCAAAGCACUUUCGCAUGCCAUGGUCCAUUUACAUAGCAUUGGUCACAACACAGUGGACAUUGCAAUGUUGCAGACGGCGAUUGAAAAAAAUGGAAUGUUUAACCUAAAGAUAAAAGAACAUAUUGUACAAAGUAAUGCAACUAUACAAAACUACCUCUUCUCAGAUACAUACACACCUACGAAAAGAAAUAUUUACACAACAAUUUUCAACAUCAUUAAAAAUAACAAUUACGAACACAUAUACUUAGAAAAACAAAAUUCAAUAAUUCAAAGCUACAUGGACAACAAUAGCAAUAUAAAAAAAACAAAAAAAUCAUUCCAAAUAGCAGAAAAAAAAAAAUACAAAAAGUGAUUGAAAGUAAAACGUUAAAAAAAAUGUUUGACUUUGACAAUAUAAGGGAUUUGAAUUAUCAAUUAAAUGCAGGGAAAGAAGACUACCCUUGGAUUGAAUUAAAAAUGAGGGAUAUAAAAUCUUCAAAAUAUUUAAAUGUACAAAAUGAACUAUUCAAAUUAACAAUGAUGAUAAAUAUAGAUGAUGAUCUUAAGGUGGAAGACCAGACAGUCCACAAUUGGUUAAAAAAAUGCAUCAUUUUUCCAUUUAGCAACAUGGUGGAUGUCAAAUACCAUGAUGAAAUUGCAAUUUGUUUAGCAAACGAUGUAAUUAAACAAUACAAUGUAUGUGCACAGUUAAAUCUAUUAUGUACAUUUCAACAAAGGUUUUAUAAAAAUUUAAAUGAUGCUUAUACUAAGUACGGGGAAUUCGUAUUUAACAAUACAAUAAAAUACGAAUUCCAAAAAGUACUCUAUAAAAUUGAUGAAGCAGUUUACAGGACUUUUGAUAUAAAUGCAAACCAUAUGAGUCUCCAGAAAACCGGAUGAUGAUUGAUGUCGGGGAUUAUUUUGUAAAAUUCUAUAUGGACCCCAUAUAUUACUGCAAUCCCGAUUUCUCAUACAUGGAGAUUCUAGUGAUUGGUUUGCUCCUUAGAAAUCAAUUCUUAAAUAUCAAAAAGUUGUACACCCAGUUCGUAACACUGACACAUUGCUACUCUCUAAACUAUGACUCUACAUUAAAUCAUAAACACUUAAAACAUACAAUAAAAACACUUGUAGACAAAAAAAUAAUAAAUAAAAUAACAAAAUACAAUAAAUCACCAUUCCAUUACAUUAUAAACACAUCAAACCCUGCAAUAAUAAAGUUAAAAAAAAAUUCUCCCUUAUUAAAACACAUACUUAACAUAAAUGAAAUCAAAUUACAGAAAAUCAACAGACAUAUUAAAAUGAAUAAUCCAUGUAACAUUAAAAAAAUGAAUAAAAAAAUAAACUUUAUUAAGUACAUUAUUAAUCAGUUAACUAUACAAAAUUUUCAAAUUCCCUCCUCACAAUUAACAACUUUUUAUCACAAUAAUCUUCUGUCAUACAAAAAAAAAAAAUCAUACACUAAUUAACCACAUUAAAUUAAAUUCAUUUCCUCAAAAUAUAACAUCUACUUUUCACAACUUCACUGAUUCACCCCCAUUAACCCCUACAAUUGAAAAACCAAUAAGAGUGAUAGAGAGCACACCAGAGCGACUA